AUGAACCCUGUGUUUGCACAUGAGCGGUUCGCACACCGUAUCACAAACAUUGAGUGGAAGUUGGAGGAUUCCCGCGAUUCGCAUUGGUGGCGUCUCGUUGGUUGUUCAUAUAUGAAUAUGACAGAGAUGUUAAGUAUGUCCUGUUCACUCAGCGGUCUUAAUAAAAUUAAGUGGCAUUUCAGCGGAUUCUCGUUGUUCGGAGGAAAGUUAUGGCGCAACCUAAAGCUGUCAUCUUGAUUACUGGCAAGCAAAUUCCCUCGAAUGCCUUUCAUGUCUGAAUUGGAACUAAUUCCUACAAGGAGCCAGCCGUGGCCUUGGCCUCGCAACCUCCAAGGCAAUAUCAGAGUCGUUCCCUACAUACCACAUCUUUCGCGGUUGCAGACACUUAAAGCCAGAGACCGAAGGCAUUCAGCAAAGUCUACCAUCGAAUACUUCCGAAAUCCAGUUGGAUGUCACAAACAACGAAUCCAUUGAACUUGCAGCCAAAUAUAUCACAGAAAACUAUGGAAAGCUUGAUGUACUUAUCAACAACGCCGGUAUUUCAAGCAACGCCUCAUCCCUGACGGAUAAUCUGAACGAAUGCAUUUCAACAAAUCUUCUUGGAUCCUCAAGAGUUACAGAAGCUUUCCUGCCUCUUCUCAAAAAGUCGACGUCUGCCCGUAUAGUAUUCCUUACUUCCGUUCUCGGGUCAAUAAACGCGCGGAGCGACCCUUCCGAUCCCUUUUCUCAACUAUGA